UUGAGAGGGCGGAGGGAGUUUCUGGUGAAGCAGAAACAGAGGUGCACUGUAGAUUUUCCCUCGCAAGGUCGUGUCGUGUCCGCAGCUUCGGUGUGGAGCUCCCUUAUUCUGGGCAAAGAUGAUGUCCGUGUCCGCCCGUGCCGGGGCUCUUUCCCCGUACUUGCAGGCAACAAAACAGACAGUUAAAAGCCUCCGGUCCCUUGCUGCCAAGGGCUUGCUGCCUUCUGCUGCUCCCGGGGGGAUCCGCAUGGCCCACACAGAUAUCAAGAUCCCUGACUUCACAGACUACCGCCGCCCCGAUGUUACGGACCCCAACAAGUCCUCGCAGGAGAGCAGUGAGGCAAGAAAGUCGUUCUCUUACCUCGUCACUGGGGCGACCACUGUGGUCGGUGUUUAUGCAGCCAAGACAGUGGUCACCCAGUUUGUCUCCUCAAUGAGUGCCUCAGCAGAUGUCCUGGCCUUAUCCCAGAUUGAGAUCAAGCUCGGUGACAUCCCCGAAGGCAAAAACAUGACCUUCAAGUGGAGAGGAAAGCCCCUGUUUGUCCGUCACCGCACAGAGAAGGAAAUCGCAACAGAGGAAGGUGUGAAUAUCGCGGAGCUUCGUGACCCCCAGCAUGACAAGGAUAGAGUGAUUAACCCCAGCUGGGUCAUCGUCCUCGGUGUGUGCACCCAUCUGGGUUGUGUGCCCAUCGCCAACGCCGGAGACUACGGAGGAUACUACUGUCCAUGCCAUGGCUCCCACUAUGACGCUUCAGGGAGAAUAAGAAAGGGACCUGCUCCUCUGAACCUGGAGGUUCCCUUUUAUGAAUUCCCCGACGACGACACAGUCCUAGUGGGAUAAACACUGGAGCUCUGUCUCAGUUCCUCUCUGUAAUAUGUACCUUUUAAAAUGGCUCAGUGAGAGUUGAGUGACAUAAAAUGUGUGUAUUUACUAUUAAAGACAUAUUUCCAACUCUA